CAAACAUCGAAACGAAAUUUUUGAAAAAGGAAAGCGAUUUGCCCGCGAUCCCGCUUGUCCCCUGAUUGGCGGGCUCUAUAUAUACAGGAACUCUGCGGUGUUCUCUCUCUCUCUCUCUCUCUUCGAUAUGAUCGAUCGAUCAAUGUCAGAGUCCUCCUGUCCUCUGGGGUGGCCGAUUUCAUUGGUGAUUGUUAUUGGUUCAUUCCGAGUCGUCUAGCAUGCUAAGCAUGACUAAAUCUUUGGUUCAACCUGAAGCUUGUGACAGUUCAGAACAUGAAGUUGAAACGUUUAGGCCUUCAAAAAGAGCCAAUGUAAUACAUGAUAUUACUAAUCUUUCUCUAAAUAGCAAUUUUACACGAUCCAAGAGAUAUAAAUCUGAAUAUGAUAAACCUUCAGAAAAUGUUGGUAAUCUCAUAUCUAAGGGUUUGUUUGAAGCCAAACACAAUUAUUCUGGAAACGAUGAAGUUGCAUGUAGGGCUUGGGACUUGCAUAGCCAAAUUUAUCCAGGCAUAAAGACCAAGCUGAGAAGCAAAGAUAUAGUUGGCAUUACAUUGAAAGGCUCGGAUGAUAGAGAACCUAGCAAAUCUUCUGCAAGUGGUAAUGAAGACACUCGGUACAUUCCCCAAUACUUUGAAGGAAAAAAGGUAGUUUCUUUGCCAAUCUUUCUUCGCGAGCAAACUGAUGCUGCCACCCUUAAUUCUCAAAGCUCUCCUCAAAGGGAGAGGAAUUUGUUGGACAGCGAUAAAGAAAACACUCCUGUGUUUGCUGAAAUCAACAGGCAGCCCCUGUCUGGGGGCAGCCGGUUAUCUGCAAUUAAUAGAGUUACUUCCGCAGCCUUUGCAUUUCCUGAUAUAAGCAAAGGAAGUGUGGGAAUUUCUUCUGCAAGCAAGAUUAGUUCAGGCAUUCAGGAAACAUUUGUUAAGGGAAGUGAGGAGGUUCAUGCUGCAAAUGGGGAUUCAUGUGUUGAAUCAAGUGAUGCAAGUGCAAUGAGAAAAGCUGCUGAUGUGUCUGGAACAAUCUUGAAUGAAUCUGGUUUUCAAGAGGAUAUGGGCUGCAGCUCUCAAGUUAGAAGUUCUUGGACAGAAGUCAGUGGGCAUGAUAGGUUCCAUAUGGAUAAAUCUGAUACAGCACAAAACUGCUCUUGUUCCUUCUGCUGUAAAGCUGCUUACAUAUGGUCAGAUCUUAAUUAUCAUGAUGUCAGAGGCCGUUUGUCAGUUUUGAAAAAGAGCAUUGGAAAUGUUGCAUCAUUAUUAGGAGGGAACUUUUUCAAUGAUCUUGCUAGAGCCUGUCAUAAGCAGACCUAUGUGUGCAGUACUAGUCAAGAGCCUGGUAAGAGAACUUUGGAGUCCCAUCUUAUGCACCAGUGGAGGUCUCUUUUCCUUCAGACAGAGAAAUCUCUUAGCUCUGAAAUCAUGCAGCUGCAAUCCAAUCUUCAGAAACUGAAGGGACUUAGGGAGAAUUGCAAGAAGGAUUUGGAAGUCAUUCACAAUCUUUGUCCAAAUGGCUUACUGGAGGAACCUUCGUGAUCCUGUUAUUACUAGUACGAAUGCAUCUCCAUUUGCUUUAGGGAUGUUUGGAGGUCAUUCACAAUGGAUUUGCAAGUUGCAUCAUGCUGAUUUUUUGUAUUCUUUUCUUGUUUCUAAACUGAUCACCAGCUCUCUCCUCAUAUGGUCUAAAGUGCUUACAUUUCUGCUACUAGAUUUUUCUUCCAUUGUUAGGAAGGUCUGCACUUCUGGGGUGCUUGUAGAUUUCUUUAUUCGUCUGUACUCUUUUCAAUGACCAGUUGCUGCUUUCUUGCAACUGCAACAGCUCUUGCAGGUAAUCACAAAAGAAUGUGGGAUUGUGCAGAGGAUACACCAAAUGCUUCAUAUUUGACUAUCUUUGUCUUCUUUCUUUGAGGACAUAUAUAUCGGACUGUAUAGCAGAACUAAUUCUCUAGAUUGUCUAGUGGAGCUGAUUUGAGCUGAUGUCACUGUGAACAUGUUAUUACAAUACGAAUGCUGAUGGUCCAAUUUGGCAGCCCUGUGUAGAGUUCUAGUUCAAA